ACUGCGGGUUUCACAGUUUAAUCGCUAUGGCACAAGAAACCGUCUUCGCUGAUUGAUUAUCUGAAUUCAUGUGAUUUUAGUUGGAUUUUGGGCUUUGCUGCACAAACAGCUCCGAAUAAUUUGCUGUUUGUUGUUUUUUCAGCCACUUGGUUGUAGUGCACCAGUGAGCAAAAGCCAAAAUGACUUCCUCAUCUUUCAAGAAGACCAUCAAGUCUCUGAAAACCUGCCUUUUGGACCACGAUCCCGUUACGUACGGUGUUUGCCCCAUCCCAGCCAAAGAUUUCAAGCUGUUCUACGGCAAAAACGAUACUGCACGGCAGCUGGAUCUGCACACUGCAUCCGAUGCGGAGUUGGAGCUUCUGGCGCGUGCCUGUACCGCGGCCACAUUUGGGAUGAACCAGCAAGAUGUCUACGAUGAGACUUACCGCAAAGCUGGCAAAAUGGACACCGAAGAAUUCUCCAGCAAAUUCGACUUGGAGCGCUCGGGAAUUUUGACGCGUAUCAGGGAUGAUCUGCUGGAUCACACCAACUACGGCAGGCCUGUCGAAUGGGAACUUUACAAGCUGAAUGUGUACGGCAUCGGUGGCUUUUUCAAAGCACACAAAGACACCCCGCGAGGCGCUAACAUGUUUGGAUCGCUGGUGAUCGUCUUCCCGACGAAGCAUUCCGCCGGAGAACUGAAGCUGCGUCACGGCGGAAAAGAGUGGACAUUCAAUUCGGCUAAGGAAUUAGCUGCUGCUACAGAGCCGUCGAUCGGGUACAUUGCCUUCUUCAGCGACGUGGAGCACGAAGUGGCCGUCGUGCAGUCCGGAUACCGCGUCACCCUGACCUACAACCUGUACUUUGGCGAAACCCCCGUUUCUCCGCCGGAAGCAAUGAUUACAAACGUUGUCGCCAACCGUGAACAUACCUUCAAAGCCGGACUGGAGCAGUUGUUGGCCGAUCCAACAUUUUUACCGAAUGGCGGACUGGUCGGCUUUGGUCUGCAACACAAGUACCCGGUCAAUGCCGAGACGAAGCUGUGCAGUGUAAUGGAAUGUCUGAAGGGCAACGAUGCGCUGGUCAGGAAAGUUUGUCAACAGUUGUCGCUGCCCAUUAAGCCGAAAAUGUUGACCCACGACUAUGGCUAUUUCGGUGACAAAGACGAGAAAAUGCCUGUGGAUUCCGAUGGGAGCGAGAACUCCGGUGACGAGAAUGGACAGUGUGACGAGGGAGGCGCGGACACAACCAGGGACAGCGAAGAUGAUAGCAUGGUUGGUGAUUCCGAUGGUGGUGAAGAUGAUGGGGAAAGUGACUCGGAAAACCAUGGUCCGUACGAUCCACACUAUGUGGAAGUUCUAACCGACCAUGUUGUGGAUCUGUCGCAGUAUGGUGGGGUGGAAACGUCUGCUGGUGAUGAACUGGCACAGGAGAAAGGGGCCUUGAUUCUUUCGUAUCCAGAUGGCACACCUCGUGAACGUUGGGACGCUAAGAAGGGAAAGAAGGUGAAAUACUCUGUCGACAUUCAGUGGAUCACCGAAUCGACCAGCUACAAUGAAGUGAAAACUCAGUACGUCGCCCUUGGUAAUGAGGCCUCUCUGGAGUACCUGUAUGGCACCGUUUGCCUUGUGGCCGAAAUCGGUCUGGUCGGAAAGCGUACUCGUUCUGAGGGAUGAGGAGACAUUAAGGAUGCGGGAAGACCCGAUGUAGGUUCCGUUCUGCAGGUUUUGGUCAUUUUCGUGCGUCAACUUUCCGGAAUGCAUGUUACCUGGUGUUUGUCCAGCUGACCUUUAAAACUUCCCUUUUUUUAUAUGCGUCUUCUUUAACUUUAAUUCUUUAACCGGCGCUAGUGUUUGCUUCUUUAAACAGCCGUUUUAUCUUUUUUAGGGCGUGAAUAUUUUUUUGUAGUCUGUUUACUUUUUGUCGGUAAUGCACAAUAGAGUUGCUAAUUAAGUACGAUCGGUUGGUGAACGUUGACCUGUGUGUACUAUUAAAGUAUUUACGG